UCUUAUCGGCUUGCUCACUUGGUGGUGUGACCAGCAGGAAGAUGUGAUCCAAAUACAUGCAAUGAAGAAUAUCUGGAAAGUGCUUCCUGCCUUAAGGAAAACGUAUCAAAGUGGCCAUGCGGGUUUUCAGAUGAAAGAGGGCAGAGGGGCGUGGAAAGUGCACGUACACGUCGUGAAUUUCUCCUCCCGUUCGGCAAUGUAUGCAGGCAGUGCAGAGUCUUCACUUGGCCCAGGUUCCGAGCUCCGAACUGAUGGACCGGCUUUCGUUCCCAAAAGAGCGCUAGUUUUAACGAAGUUCUCAAGAUAUGAAUUCGAAAAACGGCGACAUGCGGACCUCACAGAAGAAGAACUCGUCAAGGAUAGGAAUACCUCUGUUAGUGGGUUUCAGGAAGGAAUUUUUGAUGCUCCAUCUGCGACUUGCAUACGUAAGAGGAAAGAUAAGCUGGAAGCCAGGGGCUCCGAUUACAACAGUCUCCUGCACCAUCACAAGAUCCACACCAAGAACAGGGAAUUGGUCGUGAGCACACUCAAGCAGAAGGGCAUAGAGACGCGGCUGGUGGACCGGUUCGAAUACACGGACGCCAACAUCGAUUGGGCAGAUGUCAUAUUCACUACCGGAGGCGAUGGCACCUUCCUUAUGGCAGCCAGUAAGAUCUACUCCAGAGACAAGCCAGUCAUUGGGAUCAACAGUGACCCUUCGAGGUCUAUUGGAUACCUCUGCCUUCCUGGACAUUGUACAGAAAACUUUCCAUUGGCCUUGGAGAGGCUUCUAACGGGGAGAUUCCAAUGGAUGUGGCGGCAACGCAUGCGUGUGACCCUGAAGGGAGAGCACGCGUUCGACCCUCCCGUGGAACUGCACGACCAGCAGCUGCAGUACCCCGAGUACCGCUUUCUUGACUGCUGGCAGGAGCAGCACCUGCGACGGGACAGUACCCCCACCCCGCACCCCACGGGGGACGACGCCUCCAGAGUCCUUCCCGUACGGUCCCUAAAUGAAGUCUUUGUGGGAGAGACUCUGUCUUCUAGGGUAUCAUAUUAUGAACUUUCCAUUGAUGGAUCUCCGCGGGUCAAGCUGAAGAGUUCUGGGUUAACCGUCUGCACAGGAACGGGUUCGACAUCAUGGUCCUUCAACAUCAACAAGGUCACACCACAAUGUGUUCAACGAAUUCUUGACAUAGUUGGUGUUGAGACAGGGACAGUCUUUCCAACAAAGGACCAACAGCUCAUAGAGAAGAUCACCACGAAGUUUAACAAUUCCCUCAUUUUCGAUCCAUCAAAAUGUCUAAUGGCAUAUACCAUAAGAGACCCGGUUGUAUUUGGAACAGAUUUCAGCAGCAAGCCACGUGGAUUUGCAAAGAGAAUUGAAGUGAAAUCCCGGAUGUUCGACGCAUGCUUGGUGAUCGACGGCGGUCUGUCGUUCGUGUUCAACGAUGGUGCAACAGCAAUUUUUGAGAUGCACGAGGACGACGCUCUGCGAACAGUUCAGUUCGCGGACUGACUGGUCUCAUUCUCUUGAAUUCAAUUUCGGUAGCGAAUAUUUGUAUCUAUGAAUGUAUAAUAAGUAUUAACUGCAACGGGAGAUGUGUGUGUAUCUUAAGGUGCAAUUUUCAAGUUUUUGUUCUUAAAAUGAAAUAAAUAUUUUUAUAUGAGUUA